AGAAAAUUCGCGACCACUAUCUGAAAGUAUGCACUGAAAGCUUCGUUGAUUCAGAUAUAAUGGCGGAUGGGGAGAAAAGGAAAUCAAGAAGGCGGCGCAACGGGAGUGAAUCAGUGGAGGAGAUAUUGUUAAGGUGGAAGAAGCUAAACAAUGCGCCGGUGGAGGCCAAUGCUGCUACGAAUACAAUAAACGGAGGGAUUAAGAAACGGGUAAAGUUUCCGGCGAAGGCAUCAAGAAAGGGGUGUAUGGCCGGCAAGGGUGGGCCGGAGAAUUCAGGGUGUACAUACAGAGGAGUUAGGCAGAGGGUUUGGGGAAAAUGGGUUGCUGAGAUCCGGGAACCGGUUUAUACCAGUGAUGAGUAUAAGAGCAAAGGCACCCGCAUUUGGCUCGGCACUUUUCCGACCGCCGGAGAGGCCGCUCUUGCUUAUGAUGAGGCUGCAAGGGUUAUGUAUGGCCCCAACGCCAUUCUUAACUUCCCAGAUUCUCCGGCUUUGGAUAAGAUGUCGGAUUCGAGUAACGAGGUUUAUGCAGCUGAGGAAUCGAAAGAUGUUUUCAUGAAUCCUCAACCACUGGAUUUCAGAUCCUCAACAGAAUGCGGAAGAACAGAUUGUGAUGAGAAUGAGGUUUUCCAUGAUCUCAGAAAACGCGGCGAAAAUAUGGAGUUAUUGCAGAAGGAACAAAUUACAGUUGAUGCAGUUUACAAUACACAAGACGAAGAGGAUUUGGAGGCAGCAUUGUCUCAACUGGUGGAGUCUGAUGAUUUUGAUUUCUCAAGCUUUUUCAAUCUCCUUUUCAGCGAGUAG